AUACUGUACUGCCUGUUUACGGGAUAUUAUCAAAAUGAAGAUCAGGAAAAACGUACUGGUUUCAACAAUAUUUGUACUUAUUGGAGUUCAUCUUUCGCUCUGUAGGACUAACAAAUGUCUGAAGAAGCAGAUCGACCGCUGCAGGAAGGCAUUUUAUUCGGCUGAGAUAUACUGUUCGGCAGCAAAGAAAUGCAUAGAUUAUAAGAAUGGUAAACCUGCUAUUUUACAAUUUGAGAAACUCGUUCACAACACACACCCUGGACUCUUUACCACAGUACAGGACACAGACAUUGCACUGAGACAAAUGUACGAUCAUGUCGGACGUGUGGUACCGUAUCCAUCCGAAGAAUUUCCAGAACCGCCUGACAGGCGCCCAGGGCAGACCGUCAAAGGAGUUCCUAGUUUAAAAGUCUACAAACCCGUUGGUUCAACAUGGCAUCCUUAUCCUAGAAAGGACUAUACUUGCAAGGUCCUCCAUCCAUUGGAUCCUGAUUCGGAGUCGACGCGAGGAAAGUCCGAAACAGAUGAUUCGGAAUGUUUACCAUGUCACGCAAAAGCUGUUUCGUUCUUUACAAAAAUAGAAGAGGUGUAUGACUUUGACGGAGAACAAUGGACUCCUGUGCAUUUAGAUUCGCUCGAACUGUACCAGAUGGUGCAUGUUUGCUUGUGCAGUGAUGAUAAGGGGUGCCCUAAUGAUGAUGAAGGGGCGUGUGGCGAGUCCUAUAGAUACGUGUACAUGUACAUGAGGCGUACAGAUUACUCUAAAGUCGGCUUCAAGAGAGUUCAAUUCCCAUCAUGCUGCGAAUGUCAUAAUGUUGGGGAAGAUAGCUAAAAAUCAUUAUUCAAAUUCAACUGAUUGUUGUAUUUCAUUAAAAA